AAUUAAAAUGAAAGAAAAUUAAACCAAGUAUUAAGGGGCACCCUCUAAUUAUAAGGUGCUUUUAUAAAUACAGCUUUUGCAAGGAGCAUCUGCAAAGACACUCUACAGGAGAACAAGGACGGGUACAGGUAACACUAAGAAGUUGUUUUGCACUCGGAAUCAAGAUGGCUCAACUGAACGGAGAUGGCAUACAGUUAUGGGCUAAAGGCAUAAUGCACCAAAAUGAGUUACGUUCAGCGGUUCUGAGUGCAAGAAAUCUGUCAAUAGUUUGGGGUUCAGAUGGUCGUUACUGGAAGUGGGAACGGAUCAGCAACCCGAUAAGCGAGGAUCUUGAGAUUGCUGAACUAAUUGAAGUAUGCUGGCUGCAGAUCGAUGGAAAAUACAGGGACCAGAACCUGGCUAAGGGAGUGACAUAUGGAGUUUAUUUCAUUGUUAAGCUCGAAGAGAAUCAUUCCAUCACCCGUCCUGUGACUCUUAAGCUUACUUGUCCCAGUGGAAACACCCAAGAGAACAAGGUGGAUUUGAAGCAGCAGCCGAAGAAAGAACUGAUAGGGCUUAAGGUCGGUGAAUUUACUGGCUCAGGAACCAACAAAUUUAUCCGGUUUUCUUUCAAUGGACGGGAGGGUACCAGUUGGAAGACCGGCCUUACUUGCUUUGGUGCUGUAAUUGUGCCAGUAUGAUAUCUACAUAACUUGAACUGCCAACACGAAUGUAUCAGAUGUACUAAAUGUAUUAAAUAAUAAAUCACCUAAUAUGUUAACGUUCUAGAUCAUUUGGUGAACCUGAAAAAUACCACCUAUAACCUGGUUCUAGGUCUUUUCUUGUUGUGAGAUCAUUGUAGUUUUCUUUAGCAAUAUGGUUCUGAUCAUAUGUUUAUCAUUUUAUUCGCACUGUAUGGCAAGCAAAUACCCCUUUCGGGUUUAAUUUGA